AUGGAUGAAACAGAGUUACGGCCCAACCUUGGUAGAUUUGUGGACAUAAUCAAUAGACCAGUAUGUGAAUCCGUAACGGUUGAGGAUUUAAAGCCCAACGGUGUUUAUCAACCACCACACUUGACCCCAGUAUUUUUCGAGGAAAGCAAGAAAAAACCGUCAAUAGAACGAGCCAAGUUGAGAGCAGCUCGGUUUAUUUUAGAAGACACUGAUUUAAAUGAAUCAGAAGAUUUGCCUAAAGAAGUUUAUAAAAAACGCAUUGAACGCUCUUUACUCCCAAGUGGUUUAUCCGAUACUUCCUCAAGACUGAGACAAAUGCAAAUACUUUUACAAAGUUCGGAUGAAGAAUUGGAAUAUAAACCGCCCCAACAAAGGUGA